CAACUCUUGUGUCAUGGGUAUAAGGGAGACAACUAAACUUGCUUUAGCCAAGGGCGUUGUACUUGCUUUCUUGAAAUGAGUAGAGAUCUGUUCAAAUGGUCCAAGAUUGCUACUGCAUAUGCGAAGUAUCGGCCUACUUACGGAAAAGAAGUAUUCGAUACGAUCAUUAAUUUCUGUAAAGAAACGAAUGACAGUCUUUCCUUAGCCAUCGACGUUGGUUGUGGUUCGGGGCAAAGUACAAUCCCUUUAGCCAAGGAUUUCGACAAAGUAAUAGGUAUUGACGUGAGCGUGAAGCAAAUCGAAAAUGCACCAGAAAAUCUACCCAACGUUUCUUUUCGCACAGGAUUAGCAGAAGACUUGUCGUUCCUUUCUGAUGGAACGGUAGACUUGGUUACUGUGGCGCAGACAUUGCACUGGCUUGACCUUAAGGCGUUCUUUGGAGAGGUGCAAAGAAUCUUAAAACCAGGUGGCUCUUUGGUGGUAUAUGGAUACGGGCUGGCAGUUCUUGAUAAUUCCAAGGCACUUGAAGUACAAAAUUAUAUAUACAGAGAUGUUCUAGGUGGUUACUGGGAUCGAGGGAGAGACAAAAUUGAAGAGCAUUAUAGCAGCUUCUCACUGCCAUUUCCUGAAUGGAGAAGAAAUGAUAGUUUCAAGAUUGAGCGUUCUUGGACAGUUGAUGAGUAUAUGGGGUACUUGUCCUCAUGGUCUGCUUGGCACACCUACCUGCAGGAUCAUCCGAAUUCUGAUGCCAUGGAAUUGGUGAGACAAAGGAUGAAAGAUGUUUAUGGCUAUGGAAAAGAAGACAGCUUACAAGAAAAAAUGAAAAUCUACUGGCCAGUAUUUAUGCUGAUGGGUCAUAAGCCCUUGUCAGCACUAAAGUAAGGUCAGGGUUAGUAGUAUGACUAAUUUGUGACUCAUAUAUAUUUAUUAGGCAUAAUCCAACAUUUUAAAUUCUGUCUAGUUUGUUAAAUCUCAAACAUGAGAAUGAGUUUUCCAUGUCUUUAAGUAAAUGCAGAGACCACUGGUUACAAUUUGUCCUUGACAGUUAUAAUUGUCAAAGAGAAACUGGUGGCAUUUGCAAAAUGUUUAUUGACUGCUCAGCAUGCAAAAUGUAAUUAUUGUAAUUUUUAAGUUCUGAUGCUUUGUAGAUAAAGUGCAUGAAUGCUUAUGAUUUACUGUUAGAGAAAGAAGAGAAAAAAAAAAUGAAGAAAGCAGUUUCUGUGAUUGAUUAGCUUGGUUGUUUGGUCCUAGUCAUUCAUGUUUUAAUGCAUUUGCAUCCCUUUUCAUUAAAAUUGAAGUACUAGCCAUAUUAUGAAAAAAUUUCUAGCAAUUAAAAAAACUGACAAAAAUACAGUUCUGAUUAAAAAACACA